AUGGGGGCUUUUUCUUUGCGGCUGGACCUCGCCAUAGAGGUUAUCUUUGAGGGACAAGGCUUUGUUGAUAAGAAGAUCAACGUAGCGAUUGAUGACGUCAUCAUUACAACCGAGAAUUGCCCCUUGAGACCUUACUUUGCUGAGCCAGGUUUCAAGUGCAGCGACGACAAGUUUACAUGCAAUAAUGGCGAAUGUGUCAAGAAGAAUCUGUUAUGUGAUAGCGACUUUGCGUGUAAAGAUGGUUCAGAUGAGGACAACUGUGAAUGCCCUUCCAGCAUGUUCAACUGUAAAGAGGGAGGAUGCCUCCUGGCAACAUCCGUGUGCGAUGGAACAAAUGACUGUUCCAAUGAAGACGACGAAAAAAAUUGCCGGAAUCGGUGCAGCUCUAGAUAUCAGUGUGUUGAUGGGUCUUGCAUUUCGUGGUCAAAAACAUGUACUCAGACAGCUUUCUGCAGGGACGGAACUAAUACGCCUUCUGUAUGUGGCUCUGGCAAAUGCCAUCUAGAUGAUUUAGCAUGUACCUCUAAAAAUACAAGCGUGCAAAAAAGAUGUAGAUCUUUCAGAGGUCAUUGUAAUUUCGAAAGUGGACUUUGUGGACUGAAAGCUGAUAAGAAUGCCACGUUCCACUGGACUGUGGGCUCAGGCCAGACGCCAACGGAAAGUACUGGACCGAGUUACGAUCACACGUCGCUUAAUAAGGAUGGCUCUUACAUUUUCAUUGAAGCUUCUAAAAGAAACCCAGGAGAAAAGGCGAGGUUGUUAAGUGGCUGGAUAGAAGCCAAUGAAACAGUUUGUGUUCAGUUUUGGUAUCACAUGCACGGCUCAGAUAUCGGAAAUCUAAACAUUUAUGUCAAAACUAACCAAUCAGAAACUCCCGUCUGGAGGCUGUCAGGAGAUCAAGGAAACCGCUGGAGAUUUGGACAGACUGCCCUGAAUAGUCCAAGUUUAUAUAAAUUUGUACUAGAAGGAACAGUUGGUGAUGGAAGUAAAGGUGAUGUUGCAGUUGAUGAUUUGACGAUAUUGGACGGAAUUUGUGAAACGAUUAUAAAACAAAGUAAGCAAGAACGUUGGUAUUGGGUUUACGAGGCUUUCGAAGGCUUCCUGCCAUUGCAAGGCAACUUGUUACGUGCUGUGCAACUGAGCGUUGAUUCAGUAAAAUCUUCCUAAAUCAGAGAGCAUUCCCUGCCAUGAUCCUCGAAACAAUAACAACAACAACCUGAAAGCUCGAUCUACCAAGCCUGAAAUCCAUGAUUGAUAAAAUGAGGACUUACACAGCUUUUAGAGUGGUGCAGUUAUGUUUAUAAACAACAGGGUCUUAAAGGCAGAGGAUACCCUAAAAACAGAGGGUUUUUGGGUGCAUAAGAAUCGUGCUCCCCACUGAUUUAGGAACU